CAUUUUACUCAUUAUCAUCAGGGACACAUUUUGUUUGCGUUUUCAUGUGACGUCACAAGGGUGAAGAGUGGAUUUAAGCUGGCUUUAUUUGGUCUGUAAUCCCUCAUAGCAAUCUGAAUGAGUAAAAUGUUCAGAGUUCAGAGCGGAUCAGCUUCACUGGAUUAUCACAAGCCCCUGCCUCCCCCACACCAACCCUCCCCUUGUUAAAAUUUUUCUUCCUGUCUCUCUGUUUUUUCUCUUUUUCUUUCCCUCUGUCUGUUCACGCUUGUCGCUUUGCAUUGCCAGAAUGGAGUAGUAAGGCAGGCUUCGGCUACCAACAUUAUUUGUGAGAGUGCAUGGUGUCCUCUUUCCUGCUUCCAUCACCACCAGCAGUGUUUCCCAGAUUAAUUAUUCACUGAUCGCCAAGCAAGAGGAGCCAUUUGAUAGCCAGACCUUGCCACUGUGAUAGAGACGGGAGACAGAUAUUACAACUCGACCUUCAGGUGAAAAGCAGUACUUCUGUUUACAUUUUUUUCUUUCACCCUUCUUCCUCACACCACUUGACAACAUCUUGCAACUAGAAACUUAAAGGAAAACCUUUCUAAUUUUUUCUUCCCUGCAAGUAAGGUAUAUCUCUUCCUCAUGUUGAUCUCCAGUAAGCAGUUGCCGAUCGGCCGCUCCCAGAGCUGGGACACGCUGGGUGGGAAUGAGGGUCAUUGGGAGCGCAGUGAUGGUGUUUACGAGCAGCAGGCCCGGAUGGCUGGUCGACGCAACUCGCUGAGCUAUGGAGCGGAUGUGGGAGGGGGAUGGUAUGAGCCACCGCCUGGAGUGCGUCCCCCUGACCUGGAUUUGAAACGGGAGCAAGACUCCUACCAGGAAUCUCUUUACAAUCAGGGAUAUUUGGAUCGUCCGGACCCCCGUAACAUUAGAAAGAGUUCCGUUCCUGAGUUGAACAGCCAUUACGACCGGUCACCCAUGGCUCACCGUGGUUCCCUGCCACCCCACGACUACUAUCAGCAAGACUCAGGCAUGCCACCACGAACAACCGAGGGUUUUUAUCGUGGAGAGCAACCUCAUUCUCUUAAUAGGUCAUCUUCACAUUAUGGAAUGAUGGCUGGUCCUCGGCAAUUGUGGGAACACAGCUCAGGAAGUCGGCCUGGUUCUGCUGCCCCAACACCUGCCAUACCUCCUCCCCCACCUCCAACUGCUCAGGACAUGGGUCGUAUUUAUAGAGAAGCGUCUCUGCCUGGACCUCCACAUUCUACUCCUGGCAACAAAAUGAUGCAGGAUGGGCAGCGCAUUCCAAGCCGUGCACCAUCUCCAGCUCGUUAUUUUAUGGAGCCAAAUUCUCCCCGUUAUGGUGCUGAGCCACCUGCCUCUCUAACUAGCCAUCCAGUCUACAGUGAUGUUAACGGAAGGCAGAUUGAUCCUCAUCAGCCAACCCCCACCUGCCUGGUGGUUGAACCAGUUGCUCAAGGAAUGGAUGGAACUGCCCGAGGUAUGGUCAUGCAUCCAGAAAACCCCUCACAAUACACCAUACAACCACAACAGCAAGCCCAACACCAGGCUCAACAACAAGCACAGCAACAAAUGCAACAACAAAUACAGCAACAGCAAAUGCAGCAGGUUCAGCCAGUCCAGCAAAUGCAGCAAGUUCAGCCAGUGCAACAAAUGCAGCAAGUUCAGCCAGUGCAACAAAUGCAGCAAGUUCAGCAAAUGCAGCCCAAUCAGCCAGUGCAGCAAGUUCAUCAGGUACCACAGGUUCAGCCAGUGCAGCAAGUUCCACACGUGCAACCCAUGGCACCCCCAAACCCUGUCUAUACUCCAGCUCCCCCUGUAGCUGCUGCCCCAGUAAACACUCCAGGUGUGGCCAAUAUUCCUGCUCCGUUACCUCAAAUUCCAGCUCAGCCUUUUACUGCUCCUCUUCCCACUGUUCCUCAGACCCCAGUGGCUCCUGUAGACCCUAAAAAGAAUGCGGACCCUGAGUUUCUGGCAUUGCUGCAAAAAGAGGGCCUCUCAGAAAGCACUAUCACCUCUCUACUGCAGCAGGGCUUUGACUCCACUGCAAUGCUGGCUGUAAUGGAGGAAAAUGAUGUCCGUUCUGUAGCUCCAAACUUAGGACAAGCUCGUGUUCUGUCACGUGUUGUGCUUUGUUGCAAGCGACCACCUGAAAUCCUUCAUUCUACCCCCCUGCAUCCCAAUGCUCCGGCCCGUGGCAGAUCCAACAGCUUUAGCCAUCGCAGUGACAUUUACAUGCACCAGCCACCACCCUUGACUCCAGGCAUGGAGUCCCAGUAUAUGCAGCCACCCUCUACCCCCAUGCAGACUAUAUCUCCAAGGAUGGGUGAAGGUUACAGUCGCAGACCCAGCAGUGCUCCCUCCCAGCAACUUCUUGAGACCAGUGGGUAUCCUGGAGCCAGGUCUGUAGGAGCAUACAGUGGUGCUGUGGUUCCAGUCCAGCCUCGCACUUUGUCAGGCUACAAUCCUCAUGCUGGCCUUCCCAUGUCACAUAUGACUGCAAUGUCCCAACAGGUAGCCAUUCCAGCACAUCUACCAGGAAUGCCACCACAAAUGACAGCUUUGCAGGGACCAAUCCAUGCAAUGCCACAGUCAUUUCCAGCAGUUCCCCAACCAAUGACUGUUCCUGCUUUGGCACCACAGCAGGCUCCGAAGGCAUAUACCACCAACUAUACUGUACCAAUGGAGUUGAUGAAGAGGGAUCGAAGCUUGGCUACAAUGUCGCCCAUGCCUAGUCCCAAUGCAAGCCCACAAGUACUACGGAAGGCUGGAAUGUCCUCAGACAGAGCACUAGUACCCGUUGGUGGUUCCGUCCAAGGCCAAAAUGUGAGUCUGUCUAAUCAGAAGCUCAGCCGGCGUACUGGACCUCCGGUCAUUGUCUCCACUAUGGCAUCGCCAGACACAAGUAUAAGGCCGCAAAUCAUGAACGGUCCGAUGCAUCCUCGGCCGCUGGUCGCUCUGCUGGACGGGAGAGACUGUACCGUAGAGAUGCCCAUCCUGAAGGAUUUAGCCACUGUGGCGUUCUGUGACGCUCAGUCAACGCAGGAAAUACAUGAGAAGGUUUUGAAUGAGGCGGUGGGGGCGAUGAUGUACCACACCAUUACUCUUACCAGAGAAGAUCUGGAGAAAUUUAAAGCCCUCCGAAUCAUAAUCCGCAUCGGUAGUGGAUACGACAAUAUCGACAUUAAAGCAGCUGGAGAGAUGGGUAUUGCGGUGUGUAAUAUUCCAUCAGCUGCUGUGGAGGAGACGGCAGACUCAACGCUGUGCCACAUCCUGAACCUGUACCGGAGGAACACCUGGCUGUACCAGGCCAUGCGCGAGGGCACACGGGUCCAGAGCGUGGAGCAGAUCAGAGAGGUGGCGUCAGGGGCCGCCCGCAUCAGAGGAGAAACACUCGGACUUAUUGGCUUUGGCCGAUCGGGACAGGCUGUGGCUGUUCGAGCGAAAGCGUUUGGCUUCAGUGUGAUCUUUUAUGACCCGUACCUGCAAGACGGUUUAGAGCGAUCGCUGGGCGUCCAGAGAGUUUACACCUUACAGGACCUCCUGUACCAGAGCGACUGUGUGUCCCUCCACUGCAACCUCAACGAACACAAUCACCACCUCAUCAACGACUUCACCAUCAAGCAGAUGCGACAGGGAGCAUUUCUAGUCAACACAGCACGAGGCGGUCUGGUAGAUGAAAAGGCCCUGGCUCAGGCUCUCAAAGAGGGCAGGAUACGGGGGGCCGCCCUGGACGUCCACGAGUCUGAACCCUUCAGUUUUUCUCAGGGUCCUCUGAAGGACGCCCCCAAUCUGAUCUGCACCCCUCACACAGCGUGGUACAGUGAGCAGGCCUCACUAGAGAUGAGAGAGGCCGCGGCCACUGAGAUCCGCAGGGCCAUCACCGGUCGUAUUCCAGACAGUCUCAGAAACUGCGUCAACAAAGAGUUUUUUGUGACUACAGCGGCAUGGGGGGUGAUGGAGCAGCAGGUACAUCCAGAGCUCAACGGCGGCGCCUACAGGUUUCCUCCUGGUGCGGUGGGUGUGUCUCCUGGUGGCAUGGGUGGACAGAUCGAGGGCAUGAUGCCCGGGGCCCAUCCCCUGCCGCCGGGCACCCAGCCCAGCCUCGCCCCGUCCCCCACCCAGCUCCUCAAACACAACGACCAUAGAGAACACCUCGCCAAGUCAUAACCACCUGAUCACUGAUCGACAGUCAUUCAGCAAAACUGCAAAUCAAAGAGACUAAGAGACAGUGAACGGGUGAACAAGCAAUCAGCUGCCGCUAGCUGCACCGGAGACAUGCUUCACGGACGUCUCUCCACCGUCUUGUUUUCAUUUUCAGUGUUUUUCCAUUCAUUUCCGUUGUUUCUGUUGUUCUUGUGAGGGGAGGACAUAAUUUCCACCUGUUUUUGAAACAGGUGGGCGGUGCUUUCUUUGUUGGGGGCGUGGCAUGACAUAAUGGCCACACCUCUUUCUUGUGCACCAAUUACAGAGUUCGAAACGUUGACAGUUAUCAGAUGCCAUGCACUUGUCUUCUUCCUCUUCGCCUUAUUUGGGCCCCUAAACAAAACUCAUAACUGUUUCUUUCUUUACAUCCACAGAAUUAGUGCUUGUCUUUGUUUGAAUGUUAAAAGUGCUUGAUAAUGAAAAAAUAUAUAUACAGUGUAUCUAUUAAGAGAACAGAGAGGUAAAGGACGGUCUUGGGCAAAAAUGAAGAUGAAUUAUUAGCUUUUCCAACAUUUUGCAUAGCUGAUCUCUUGUUUACAGAAUUGCACAAAUUCAACAAGCACCAGCUCAGAAACAAGUCCUCUUCAAGACCCAAGAGCACACUAUUUUACUGAUAUAGCCAUUCAUUUCAGUUCAAAAUGAGUUUGCAGGAUUUCAAAUACAAAUUUGGUUUUAAGAUGUCCUAUUCCAAAAUCUUCAAUUUGGAUUUGAGUGAACGUCACCUGUGAGGGACAUCAUUUUGUUUUUGUGUUUGCUUUCAAAUAAAGAAAAGAAAAAAAAAUGAUAGAUGGCAGCUCACAUAGAAAAAGGGACUGGAGUGAAAAACCGCCCCUGUCUCAGGAAGAACAUUUACCGGUUACUCCAAAACACUCAACUAAAUACUCGCUCCUUCCCAUCAGCCUACCCGAGGUAUUUUUAUAGAUCUGCCAUCCAGUGCGUUUUUGGUGUUGAAUGUAUGGCAGUUAAAUUAGAUUUGUAUUGUCUAGUUUAAUGUUUUUGUAACCAUACUUGCCUGUGAUCCUCUCCCUGUUCCUUUUCAUUUUGGGUUCUUUAUGUGGAAGCGCACUGUUCGGAGCUCAUUGUGUUGUUUAUAUGCAAUAUUCUGAGGUCCUCGGCCAACUCUAGUCAGGUUGGUUCUGGAACUGUAGGUUUGGUUUUUAGUGUGAGUAUUUGUAUUUGUUUAUUGUACCGAGGUGAACAUUUAGCAUACAGUACAGUUCAAAUAAAAAAAUACCAUUCUGUCUUUC